UUGCCUCUCUCUCUCUCUCUCAUGUAACUUAACGCAGGCCUCGCCAUUAGGCUCCGCCCUCUUCUCUCUGUUUCGUUCCCCCCGUGGAUUUUUGGCUCUGAUCUGCUCCUCCACCGGCGAGAUUUCGUGUAGCUCCGUCGGGAUCGAUCGGAGGACCGAGGAGGAGCCGUCGAUCGAGCCGAAAUUGUUGGAUUUUGGGGGGGAAUUUUUUCUUGGUUGUUCUUAUUUAUUGAUGGGCUGUUUUACAUGUUUUGGAUCGCCCAGUCAGAGGGAGGAGGAGGAGGAGGUGAAGAAGAAGAGGAGAGAAGGAAAGGGUGGUGGGGAUCGCAAGAGGGAGCCGUCGUCGCGUCGUGGCAGUUCCGACAAACUGACGGCAAGGACCGGUUCAGACUCCAAAAAGGAAGCAUCGGCUUCCAAAGAAGGCAAUGCUGGGCAUAUUGCAGCACAGACAUUCACUUUCCGUGAGCUUGCUGCUGCCACUAAGAACUUUAGACAAGAUUGUCUUUUGGGUGAAGGUGGUUUUGGCCGUGUAUAUAGAGGAAGGUUGGAGAAUGGACAGGUAGUUGCUGUUAAACAACUUGACAGAAAUGGUCUCCAGGGUAACAGGGAGUUUUUGGUUGAAGUUCUCAUGCUUAGCCUCUUACAUCACCCUAAUCUUGUCAAUCUCAUUGGUUAUUGUGCUGAUGGUGAUCAACGGCUGCUUGUCUAUGAGUUUAUGCGUUUGGGGUCAUUAGAAGAUCAUUUACAUGAUAUUCCAGCUGAUAAGGAACCACUGGACUGGAAUACCCGCAUGAAAAUAGCAGCUGGUGCAGCAAAAGGUUUGGAGUACCUGCAUGAUAAGGCAAACCCGCCAGUUAUUUAUCGUGACUUUAAAUCAUCAAAUAUACUUCUUAGUGAAGGAUAUCAUCCAAAGUUGUCAGAUUUUGGGCUUGCAAAGCUUGGUCCUGUUGGUGACAAGACUCAUGUCUCUACAAGAGUGAUGGGAACGUAUGGUUACUGUGCUCCGGAGUAUGCUAUGACAGGGCAGUUAACGGUGAAAUCUGAUGUUUAUAGUUUUGGUGUUGUCUUUCUUGAACUGAUUACUGGGCGUAAAGCGAUUGACAACACAAGGCCUGCAGGAGAACAGAAUCUAGUUGCAUGGGCUCGUCCAUUAUUUAAAGAGCGUAGAAAAUUCCCCAAAAUGGCCGACCCAUUGCUACAAGGCCAUUAUCCAAUGAGAGGCCUAUAUCAGGCACUGGCCGUUGCAGCAAUGUGCCUGCAGGAGCAAGCAGCUACUCGACCUCUCAUAGGGGAUGUCGUGACAGCACUCUCAUAUUUAGCUUCACAAACUUAUGAUCAGAAUGCAGCAACUGCUCAGAAUACUAGGGUUGGUCCAUCUACCCCAAGGUCUAGAAGUGGUUUUGAUAAUCAACAAGCCGUCCAUUCACCGCAUCGAAAUUCUCCAGACCUUAGGCAAAGGGAUCUAGUCAAGGGAGUAAGUAAAGGUGCAAAACAUGGGAGAGGUGGCUCCGGUGGUGGCUCUGGUCGUAAGUGGGGCUUGGAUGAAUUGGAGACUCAAGAGUCUCAGAUGGAUAGCCCAGUCCAUGUAGGCAGAGCACGAGACUCCCCAAAAAACAUUGACCGGGAUGUUGUGAGGGAGCAUGCUGUUGCAGAGGCCAAAGUAUGGGGUGAAAAUGAGAGAGAGAGACAGCAGAAAAAUGCACUAGGUAUCUUCAACGGAACACAUGAAUAGAGGUCCUUUCAGGUUCAUACGCAUGGAUGGUGCUCUGAAUGCCAUACUUUCAUGAAUAGGAAGAUACAGGUCAGAGUUCAGCUGGUCAGGGAACAUAGAAAGACGUCACAGGUUUCUUUGUGGUACCAAAUUCUUUUUGUGAAUAAACCUGACGCCCUUUGACAUCAUUACUUGUCAAAUCUGCUAUAUUCUCUGGUACCUUUUCUCUGAAAGAUGUGAUGUUCCUUAUCGAAGCCUUGUUAUUCGACAUAGAAGACGGCAUUGUCAAAAGUAAAAGAAGUCGCAGAAAAAGCAUUCAAAAUGUAUAGAGUUGCAUCUUAGAAUGUAAUCACGCGAUCUAGCACACGCAAUUGGUACGAGCAAGUCAGUGCUCAUUCUGUGUAGGCCAUACCACAAGAUUCCAUUAGAUUUUUGUCCAUAAAAUCUGCACAGGAGUUUGCUUUAGACAUCUCUCAGAUAUACCUGUUUCAUGGGACUGUCUUUUCUCGGGUUGUAUUUGUCAUGCUUUUCGGAAACUGCCUUCACCCUGUGAAUUCUCUAGCUGUUUAUGGAUUGCUGUUGUAUGAGAUGAUGUUGGUUUCUUUUGUACUCCAUAUCGCUGGUUACUUUUUUGUCCAAUUCUAGAUGCUGUUGUGACACAGGCAAAUUUGUUGAACAAGCAUUGUGUCAUUAUUUGAUCUCGGAUCGUAAGGCUUUCAUUUUUCUGUG